GUCACCGUACCCCAAGGAUCAGCCAUUCACACACCAGUCCAGCACUUCUGUAACUGAGCUAGGGAUACUCUGCAGGGUGCUUGCCCUCAGUUCAUUAUUGGUUUUCUUUUUUCACCUCUAGGUUAUGCCCCCAAUGAUAUGCCUGUGAAAGCAAAACGCAGCAUGUAUAACUACAGUCUGCCCAUCACUGUCAAGAAGCAAGGUAUGCUGUGCCAGCAGAAGGGCUUUUUGUGGUUAAACAAGCAGUGAAGAUGGCAAAGAGCAGCUGGCAUGUGAAUCUGAAGAAGAUGAGGAUGAUAAAGAGGAGGAGGAAGAGGACUUCAAGCCUUCUGAUGGGAGUGAAACGUGAACUAUGUGUGAACUCAGUGAGCAGCCUGGCUGCUGUAGGACAGAAUCAUCUCUGCCCCUGUUCCCUGAGUGCUGAGGGUUCAGCCACCACAGCCAGGCCGUGGGAAGGCAGAACUUGCUCUAAGAUGCUGAUGACCCGUCUGCACUGCUGAUGGCCACCGUUCCUGAUGUUAGGGAGCCAUUGCCUCCAUUGUCAUAACUGCUGGCUAAUAAGCCCUCAGGCAAGCUCAGCAAACUCCCAAGGGCGAGCCCAGAAUCCAGACCAGCUGGCAGCACACCUGAGAGGAGGAGAAGCUGCCUUCCCAGAUCUCUCCAUGGUGGGAAGUGCGCCUUGGCCGGGUUGGUGGCCGUGUGGGACAGAGCAAAGGUGCCCGAGGCGGUGCUGGGGGAAGCUCUCGAUGCUGCUGGGUCCCUCGGGCAGGUGCUGCCCUUCUGCUUGUCUAAGGGGAAUGAAAAUAGUGUGCUGUGACUUCAGCAUUGAGCCUCGCUGGCCAUCUUGGAAAUAAAGCCAGCAGGAAAAAACACUUUCUGGCAGCGAGUAAUUCCCUUUUGCGGGAUGUAGUGUAUGUUGUCCUCACUGGCUGAUGCACGUCUCAGUUCUGUUCUGACUUCCCCAGUGGUUAGCAGGGACUGAAGGGAGCAGGCAGUGGGGCAGAGCUUCAGGUCCACAGAGGUUGCCCACUCUGGCCAUUAGUCUGCCAUUGCUGGCUGGACUGUUUUCACCCUGUCACAGAAGUUCAAGGUCUGCUGGCAUUUGCUGAGUCUUGUGCAUUCCCCAGUGUGUUACAAGUGCGAGGUUUCUCGUUACUGGCCGAUAACAGGCCCUAAUGCCUGGUUUAAUAUGAUUUCAGCCUCCUGUACUUGUGUGAGGCUUCUCAAGGCUUCAGUUCUCUGAGUUUUGUUAGACUGAGGUAUUUCCUUAGGUUUGGCCUCCAGCCCACAAAAGCAACAUCUGCAGGGCUCUCACACAGUGACACAAGUCUACCUCAGCCCUGGUUUGGCCUCAGCCUGCUGAAGGACAAGUCUGUAGAGGCUCCUCUGGCUUACUUUAUAGCCAAGACUGGGUGAUGGCAUUGACACACAGCUGCACUCCUACCUAUAUAUACAUGAGCCUCCACCUGGGACUGACCCCUUGGGUGUGCACUCACCAUGGCUCGCUGGCAGAUCCUGGGAUUUGCCCUGUGCUCCUAUCUUGGGGUAGCAUGGGCUGCAACCGGGAAUUGGUGCUGCCUGCCUGUUCCAAAGGGUGGCCUGCAGAACAGCAGCAUGGGCACAUCACCGGCAGCACCCACCUGUGGGCUUUCCAAAGGGAUGGCUGGGGAAGGCGGGCUGCGAGGAGUCUGUGUGGGGGACCGGCCAGGGCGAGGGGUGGGUGCUGGCAAGGUGGGAACAUGCCAGAGGCAUGAACAAUUGUGCAAUGGAUGUUCUCUUCUCCAUGGUGUCACAUGUAGCUCGGUGUGGUGUACACUGAGGGCGGUUUUGUGGAAGGUGAGAGUAAAAAAUUGGGACUCUUUGGAGACUACGUCGACAUCUUCAGAGGGAUCCCCUUUGCUGCCCCUCCAAGGACUCUGGAAGACCCACAACCUCAUCCUGGCUGGGAAGGAACACUGGAGACAAAAAAAUUCAAAAAUCGCUGCAUGCAGAUGACCCUUACACAAACUGAUGUCCGCGGGAGUGAGGACUGUCUCUAUCUGAACAUCUGGAUCCCUCAAAAGAAGAGACACAUCUCUACCAACCUGCCAGUGAUGGUCUGGAUCUACGGUGGCGCCUUCCUUGUAGGAGGGAGCCAGGGAGCCAACUUCCUCAAUAACUACCUCUAUGAUGGUGAGGAGAUCGCCGUGCGGGGCAACGUGAUCGUGGUGACCAUCAACUAUCGCCUGGGGCCCCUGGGCUUCCUGAGCACCGGAGAUGCAAGCUUGCCAGGGAACUAUGGGAUGAAGGACCAGCACAUGGCUAUUGCCUGGGUGAAGAGGAAUAUCAAGGCCUUUGGGGGUGACCCAGAAAACAUCACCAUCUUUGGGGAAUCAGCCGGUGCUGUCAGUGUCUCCCUGCAGAUGUUGUCCCCGAAGAACAAGGGCCUGUUCAAGAGAGCCAUCAGCCAGAGUGGUGUCGGUCUCUGCAGCUGGGCCAUCCAGAAGGACCCUCUUGCCUGGGCUAAAAAGAUUGCACAAAAUGUGGGCUGCCCCACAGACAACACCACCACCUUGGCCCACUGCCUGCGCAUCUCCGACCCCAAAGCCGUGACACUGGCCUACCACCUGGAGCUGAUUAACCUGCCCUCUCCCCUGGUUCACACACUUGCCCUCACUCCUGUCAUCGAUGGAGACUUCCUCCCAGACAUGCCCGAGAAACUCUUUGCCAAUGCUGCUGACAUUGACUACAUUGCUGGGAUCAAUAACAUGGAUGGACACUUCUUUGCUGGCAUUGAUUUACCUGCUAUCAACCGCCCACUUGUAAAAAUCACUGCGGAAGAGGUCUAUAAUUUGUUGAAAGGACUUACUGUAGACAGGGGUGAGCGUGGAGCCAAUGCAACAUACAAUAUCUACACGCAAGUGUGGGGUGAGAAACCAGAUCAGGAGACCAUGAAGAAGACAGUGGUGGACGUGAUUACUGACUACAUCUUCCUGGUUCCCACACAGUGGGCACUGAACCUGCACCUGCAGAACGCCCGAAAUGCCAAGACAUACAGCUACUUGUUCUCCCAGCCAUCCCGAAUGCCCAUCUACCCAAGCUGGGUGGGGGCAGACCAUGCUGACGACCUGCAGUACGUGUUUGGGAAACCCUUCGCCACCCCCCUGGGCUACCUGCCCAAGCACAGGACUGUCUCAAGUGCCAUGAUUGCUUACUGGACCAACUUUGCUAGGACAGGUGAUCCCAACAAAGGGAAUUCCAAGGUGCCAGUUAACUGGCCACCCUACAGCAGUGAGAGCGCUUACUACCUGGAAAUCAACAACAAGAUAAACAAGGACUCCGUGAAGCAGAACCUGAGAUCCCGGUACGUGAACUUCUGGAACUCGGUCUAUCAGAGCCUGCCGCAGGUUGCCAAUAUCUCCAUGGCCGACGAACUGCUGUGGAGCUAAGAAAAAACACCUUUUAACGAGAGGCCAAAUUCAUUAAAGGCUUGCUUGUA